AUGCAUCCCAAGUACAAAACUGCAGAGGAGCGCAGAGAAGCUCGACUUAAAACUAAGAAGGAGAGCUAUGCACAUCGCCGAGUCCAAGAACAAGCAAAGUCCCGCACACGAUGGCGACAUCGUAGAGGAGCAGCUAUGAAUACUCAAGAUCUUCUUCAGCGCCUCGAUGAUCUAUGGUUAGAUCUAGGUUAUCGUGGCAGCACUCUCCAAUACGAGUUCUUGGAAGCGCACGGGUUGUCGAUCGUGAUGGAGGUCGAUCGAGAGGGUUGGGAUUCAGUCAAACCGCAAUGUGACGCAAGGCUCGCAGAGGUGAAGAUUCUCCUCCAGCAAGUAUCAGACCUGCGUACUGCAGCCUGUGAUGCCAGCGGGCCACUCACGGAUCAAUUACGGGACAGAAUAGUAUCUGCCGUGGACACAGUAGGUUUGCAUGUCCGUGCAUUGGAAGAGCUGUUGUCGUUGAUGGACAUUGGAGUGGAUACUUACUUUGAUGCCCUUCAAUAUGGUUCACUCGUCUGGCAAGGUCCCAAAUAA